CGUAGCAGUCCCGCCCUGUCUUUUGUAAUGUCUGGAUCUGUUUGGAACACGGAAAUAAGUUAUGAAUGGUAGAAUAUGUCGUGUUUAGUAACACGUAAAUCUGUUCAGUCAGUUAGACUCGGAGAGGAGGCAGUGCUUCUGUAACAGGAUUAGAGAACUACAGCUCCGAUUCUUGGAGUUAUGUUGUUAUAGUGUUUCUUUAUACGCCUACGGAUCUGGAUUUACCAUGUUGACAUUGGGGGCACUGCGUGGACGCAUCGAGCCGGUUGUCCUAUUUGCCCAAAUUGCCAGCGCAUUUUUUGACACCGGUUUGCAGAUGGUUGUAAAAAAUCGAUGUGCCAACGCGACUGAUUCGCAUUUUUCGACCCCUACGGAGGACAGCCGUCAGAAAGCUAUGUCAAACUUUUACAUGACAUAUAAUAUGCUUUCGAAAUUCGUUCCAAUCUUGCCAGCAAUUAUUUUAGCCAAGGUAGGUGACCGUGGGUACCGGAAGAUCCCUAUAGUGAUUCCUCUAGUUGGCUACCUGAUCUCUAGAGUGGUCCUUCUCCUGGUCAUCGUGUUGGAGCUCCCGAUAGAGGCAAUGUUCGGCGGGGUGGUGGUCCAUGGACUGUGCGGGGGUUUCUGUUCUUACUGGGCCGGGGUCAUGGCCCUUGUGUCGCUCUCUUCCUCGGAGGAGGGCCGCGCUUUCCAAAUGAUGCGCAUUGAGCUGGUCUACGGUGUAGCCGGUCUCUUCGGGAGUUUAGCGUCUGGGCACCUUUUUCAGUUGUACAUCCUAAACUUCAAACAAGGAACAUUGCUGGUGGGCCUAAGUGUGGCGUUGUACUUUGCGUGUCUCCUCUACACAACGUUUAUUUUCUAUGUGCCACGCGUGUCGCUAAGCACACAAGAGCGCAAAGAGACCAACGGCUUCAUGGGCGGGCAAAACUCCAGGAAUAUCCUAAACAUUAUUCUCCUUUUCGCGAGCGGGAUCUUAUAUGACGUUGCUGUCGGAGGAGGGAUGGAGAUACUGGUGACUUUUGAGAUGAAGGAGCCCCUCAACUGGAGCGCUACCCAGGUGGGCUACGGUAACGCUGCUGGGUUUGUCGUCUUCCUGACAAGCUUCCUUGGCGUCAUGGUGAUGUCCCGUUGGGUGAGUGAUGUCACCCUCAUCAUCAUCGGGAUGGUGUCCUUCGCUGCCGGGAUCUACUUCAUGGCUUUUGUCACAGCAACAUACAUGUUCUAUUUGGCUCGGGCCUUGACCCUGUUCGCCUUGAUCCCGAUGCCCACAAUCAGGGCGCUGCUGUCCAAACAGGUCAACGGCUCAUCAUAUGGGAUCACCCUUAUCUCACUGCAGCUGUCCUUCAAAAUUGCCAGUUUGGUGUACACUCCAGCCUACACCAAGGUCUACCAGGCAACACUGGACUGGUUUCCCGGGUUUGUGUUCACCCUGUCCAGUAUCAUCACCGUCCUGGCAACCAUACCUGUCAGUAUUGUGGGUUGCAGAGCUGGCCGGGAAGACGGUUAUGAGAAAAUAAUCGGGGACUGACAUGACUUUGGACUCAAACAUUAGUUAUAAUGACAUCAGUGAUCUGCAGGUCUGACUGUCUGAUGUUCUGACCUUGUUUGUCUCACACAGUCGUCUUGAAAGCACAAGUCAGAGAUUUCCAAGUAACCAGUUGAUUUCAAUGCAGCCGCAUGUCUGGGUCCUACAGCCAUGCCAUUGAGGAUCCCAGAAGUGGCCCAUCGUCUCUCUCACUGUGAAAAUGCCUACUAUAAGACUGAUGGACAGCUGACAUGUGCCACUGCAAUUUUAAUGCACCUCUGCCUCUUAGAUAUGGACUCCUAAACAGUGUUCAACUUGACCGCAGUCUCCCAGAGACAUCCAGGGGCCGUGACACAAACUGACACAUUCUUGCGGAUGUCAUCAAUGCUGGUAGUCAGCAGGGUUAGGUGUAUGGUAGUCAGCAGGGUUAGGUGUAUGGUAGUCAGCAGGGUUAGGUGUAUGGUAGUCAGCAGGGUUAGGUGUAUGGUAGUCAGCAGGGGUAGGUGUAUGGUAGUCAGCAGGGUUAGGUGUAUGGUAGUCAGCAGGGUUAGGUGUAUGGUAGUCAGCAGGGGUAGGUGUAUGGUAGUCAGCAGGGGUAGGUGUAUGGUAGUCAGCAGGGGUAGGUGUAUGGUAGUCAGCAGGGUUAGGUGUAUGGUAGUCAGCAGGGUUAGGUGUAUGGUAGUCAGCAGGGUUAGGUGUAUGGUAGUCAGCAGGGUUAGGUGUAUGGUAGUCAGCAGGGGUAGGUGUAUGGUAGUCAGCAGGGUUAGGUGUAUGGUAUAUGGCUGAUAUACCAUGGUUAAGGGCAACACCUGCUUGGUUAAUUAUGGUAUAUUAGUCCUGUACCACUAACCACAGAAGCGCCUUAGUGUUACUAUAAACCACUUACCAAUGCAGUUGUGUUUUUGUUUAUAUCCUCAGUACACCACCUCAUACACCUCAUUUCAGCCAAUCAGCAUUCAGGGUUUAAAUCACCUGUUUUAUAAUGUACUGUACUGAAUUGUAUAUGUUGUUCAAUAAUGUAUUGUAUUAUAGCUUUUUAAAUUAUGUCGCCUUCAUAUUUGUCACUGAGUAACUUGCUGAGCAGAGCUGAACUAAUUUUGUACAGCAUUAUGGUGUUCUUUA